AGACUGACUCAAUUUAUAUAGUGCACACCAAAGAAAAGUAGUGGUGAAAAUGUAUGUUUGCAUUUGGAUGGUUGACUUGGAGUGCUCACGGAAAUCGGCAGCCGUUUAAUGUUCCACAAAACGCUCGUCCCCUUCUCUUCGUCUUCCUCUCCUGCUCCUUCGCUGUCGUCUCCGUUCUUCAUUCCUCAGCCUACCUCCAUUCCUCUGCCACUUGGCCCGCUUCAGCUGCCGUCCCCUGUUCCUUCUUUGGUGUACUUCAACUGCUCGCAGGUAGAAAGAGAGGUGAGAAUGGAGGAGGCGCUGAAACAUAGCAUGCCGGGGAGCAGUUUAUACUCAGGACAGCAGCGGCUUCAACAGCAGCAGCAGAACAAGGUGACGGUGAACGAGGAGUGGGGUUGGGCUGCCGAAAGAGGGAACCUUUUGGGAGAGGAGUUCUCGGUGGACGACCUCCUCGACCUCGGAGACUACGCGGAUUACUACAAGGAAGCAGAGGCGGCGAAGGAGGUGGUUGAAGAAGUCACUGCUACAGCCGAAGCUCCCGAAGCAGGGAACGGGGAAAGAGCUGAUUCCAACAAUUCUUCUCCUCCUUCCACGAGUUCGACUCUCUCCUUCCAAUCACUGCAGCCUCGUCUUUCUGAAAUCAGUCUUCCCGCGCAUGAUGCUGAAGAGCUGGAGUGGGUCUCUCUCGUCAUAGAAGGCUCCUCCUCAGAGUUUUCGCAGUGCCCUGGCGUUGCUCACACCACUUCAGCGCCGCCGCCUCACGGCCAAACCGGUACCCCGGCAGUAGCAGCAGCACAUGGUGCAUCCCCUAAGAGCCCAGCGGUCUGUGGAUUCUCCAAAGAAGUUAUGGUUCCCAUGAAGGCCAAACGCAGCAAGCGCUGCCGCUCCGCCGCCGCAUGGUCCGUGUCCGGCCCUCUUGUUUUCGCCGACUCCUCCUCAAUCACCACCAGCGCCACCUCUUCCUCCGCUUCAUCCUCUUGCUCCUCCUCCAGGAACACCUCCAUCUCAUGCCUCGUAUACGACCGCCAUCCCGCCGCCGGCGCUGACCAAAGCUUCCUCCUAUAUGACGCCACGCCGCCCCCAGCCAAGAACCAACGGCCGAAGAAACGUGGCCGGAAGCCAAAGCCACCAGCGACCGCCGCUUCCGGCUCCUGCGAGCGGCGGUGCAGCCACUGCGGGGCCCAGAAGACGCCGCAGUGGCGGGCCGGGCCCCUCGGCGCCAAGACCCUCUGCAACGCCUGCGGCGUCAGGUUCAAGUCCGGCCGCCUCCUCCCGGAGUACCGUCCCGCCUGCAGCCCUACCUUCGUCAACCACAUCCACUCCAACAGCCACCGCAAGGUCCUCGAAAUGCGGCGCAAGAAGGAGGCGGAGCUCCUCAUCUUCCCUGCCGCGCCACCGGUCCCUUCCUUCUGACGCGCCGCGCCGCGCCCGGUUCGCCUGCCCGAAUCGCCCGGUUCAGACCCGGUCGGAUGUAAAAUUUGUACCGUAUGGCUUUUCCCCGCUCACACAAAUAGCAUUAGCUACCUUUUCUCAGUGUUUUACUGGCAGCUAUCUCUGGUAUUUGACCAUAUGGGGAGUAAGGAAGAAACGUCUGACAUGACUGUUCUCUUCUCA